AUGGAUUGGCCUCAGCCGCCCCGGCCGGGCCUUCGGCCCACGCUUGCCACGGUGACAGUGCCCGCUGUGUGCGGAGUCACCGAGAUCUCCGAGAUGAGCGCCGGCUCCGAGGGCUCCGAGGAGCGCUUUUUGAGAUGUUCGUGGUCUGAGAUGCCGGAAGAAGUGCCGGACUCGUUCGGCGGAGUCAAACUUUUGGAGCAGAUCCGCGACACCUUGCGAAAACACGACCAGCCGCUGCCUCUCUCCGUGUUGGGCUCGGCCCUGGAAUGGACCUCCGAGCAACGUGCGGUGCAUGGGCGACUGGCGUCCUUCCUGCGGCGACAACCGGAGCUGUCGGGAGGCUUUGUAGGCGAAGCCAAGAUGCGCAUCUUGCCACGUCUGCUGGGAUGGGAUUUGAAGAAAUGCUGGGAAGGUGAUUGGCAGCGGCCAAAGUCUUUGAAGUCGCUGCGGGCCUUGGAGUUUUUCUCUGGCAUCGGAGGACUUCGGGCUGCCUUCCAUCGAGCUUGUACGCUAGCAGGACAAAGCAUGGACCCCAGCGCUAUGAGCGAAUGGGUGAACAUUGAGUCGUCGCCGCUUGCAAAUGAGGUCUACAGCAGCAACUUCCACGUGCCAUACGAACCGUUGCUGCCAAAGGACAUUCGCAGAGUUGAGCAAGCAGAGGAGGUUGCCAAGCACAACACCGACAAGGAUUGUUGGGUCAUCGUGGGAGACCAGGUGCUUGACGUCACCAACUUCCUCAGUGAGCACCCUGGCGGGAAGAAGUCCAUCAUGAUGUUUGCUGGCAAGGACGCCACUGAGGAGUUCGACAUGCUCCAUGACCGCAAAGUGAUCAAGAAGUACGGCAUUGAUGAAGGCACUGUGGUGGAGGGAGCAGACUUGUGGUUGAUGUCCCCGCCCUGCCAGCCCUACACGCGGAUGGGUCUUCAACGAGACUUGGAGGAUCGCCGCGCCAAACCCUUGCUGCACCUCACUGAGCUGGUGCCCAAGUUGCAGCAACCACCACAGGCCAUUUUGUUGGAGAAUGUGGUUGGAUUUGAAACUUCGGGCUCCUUCCAGGUGCUGUCCCAGGCACUAUGUGGUGCCGGCAUGGAAGUUCAUCAGUUCAGCCUCAGCCCUCUGCAGCUCGGGAUUCCGAACCGUCGACCCCGGAUCUACGUCCUGGCUUGUCAGUCGGAACAUCCCAUUGUGCAUCCGCUGAAGACCGAGUUUCCAGGGCGUAGCUUGGAUACGGCUCCAAAUCGCCAGCUGGUAGAAUAUCUACAAGCUGAGGACAUCGAUGCCGAGAGCACUUGCGUCCCGGAGCGGUUGCUGGAGCUACUAUGGGACCAGGGACAAAGAUGGGAGGUGGUCACCGGCCAGAGCACCAGCUCAUCUACCUUUACCUCAGGAUAUACGACAGCUUGCUACGAAGCUCACCGUUUCGGACCUCUCCUGGCAUGCCUCACCGGCUCCCGCGGGGAGGACGCACGGCCCCGGGUGUUGCCGGGGGGCCGCAUACAGCGCUUGGUGGAGCCUGGAGAGGACUUGAGGCAGCGGAGUUCUGCCUGUAAGCAGAGUUACAAGCUGAUUGGCGACUCCAUUAGUGUGGAUGUGGUAGCAGAGUUGCUGAGAUAUCUCCUCUUUGAGAAGACGUCAGCUCAAAAAAAGUCUCGCGAAUUUUUUUUCCGUCGAGAUGGCGGAGGCGCCAAACCCCGCUUUCCUGGUGAAGGAGCGAAGUCAGACCAUCUCAGUGAUCGGGCCGAUCGGGUCAAAGUUUGUGCUCACCUUCAGACGGAUCCAAAGAUGCAAGAAUUGAAACAUAAGACCAGGUAUGUGCUGUCGCGAAAGGAGGAACUGGAGAAGCUCGCAGAUGCGGAGGACAGCGCCGCUGGGCCGCUCUCGGUGUCCCCCUUCGUGCCCUGCGCUGCCUCGCGGAUUCCCUACAUUUUGCAAGCGGCGCGCCUGGGCCCCGAGGAUGUUCUCUGGGACCUGGGCUGCGGCGACGGCGUGGUGCUGAUCGAAGCCGCCAAGCGCUGCGGCUGCCGCUGUGUGGGACUGGACAUCGAUCAACCGUGCAUCGACCUGGCACGUGCGCGGGCCGCCGAAGCUGGUGUCGAGCAGCUGUGCUCCUGGAUGAGAUGUGACAUGCUGCAGCUGCCUCAGGGCACCUUAGCCGGUGCCUUGGCUCUACCACCGGCGACUGUGGCCUUGGCGUUUUUGACGGCGCAUGGCUUGGUGCGGCUGGCGAAAUGGCUCCACCAGGAGUGGCAACAGGGUUCGUCUCGUGGUCUUCGGGUGGUAACCUGCGUUGAGUCCUUGGACUCCGCGGUGGACUUCAUGGAAGCGGAUGCACUCUUUGCGGACACCAAUGAAUUGUGCUGGCCCGUCUGUCGCGAUCUGGAGCGAUGGGGUGUCUUUGUAGUUCCGCCUUUUGGAGAGGAGAUCUCCACCUGGAGCGCUUCGUCGAAGCCGCUGCAGCUGCUGCGCUGCGAAGCCGAAGCCACGGAGGCAGCGCUGCUGCGGGCAUUGCCAGAGGCCGAUGUGCAACGAUUGGAUGAACUCGGCCGAGCGCUGCUGGCGGAGGCUCAAGAUGAAGAGGGCGUGGAUCUCUUCGCUACUUCGGAGGCGGGCUUCCACAAAGCUGCUGAAGCUGCGUUGCAUCGCCUAGAACAGCACCGGGUGCUUUAUCUUCAUUCUCUGGAUGUUGGCCGUCGCCUUUCUGAGACGGAUCGGCAGUUUCUGGCUGAUCUCGAAGGGCAGUUGCUGUCCUUGAUAAGGUCCGAGGAUGCUACUCGUUGGGGCCUCCUUUCGCACCGAAGUGUCGCCUUGAGGAGUUUGGAGUACCACGCCUACACUGAUGGCGGCUCUGUCAUGGAUCCUGAACACCGGGACGAUGGCUCCUUGCUGACCAUCUCUGUCCUCCUCUCGAGGUCAGAAGAUUUCAGGGGAGGCGCCUUCAGCACCUUCAAUGGCAACGAGCGUGUGGAGCACCCGAUGCAACGAGGGGAUGGUGUCUUGUUCUUGUCGGAGAAACGCCACAACGUCAGUGGCGUGGAGGGAGAUCGCAGAACCUUGGUGCUGGAGCUCUGGGAUGGGCCGCGCAAUCAGCACAGCAGACACGACUGAGCCGCAGGUGAAACAUAGCCUGGAGACUCCAAACAGCGAAAGCCAAAA